AUGGCACCUGAAGUUGUGAAAUGUGAUUCUAAAUUUGAUAAGACUGCAGAUAUUUGGAGUCUUGGAAUAAUUUUAUAUAAAAUUCUUACUAAAGAAGAUUUGAUUCAAGGUUUUUAUAAUUUAUUAAUAUUUAGCUAAAAAUCGUCAAGAAUAGAAAAAUUAAUUAUNA